AUGAGAGAUUCCACAGCUCAGUCAGAAACUAAAGCACCUGCAUGUACCUAUGCGAUUCAAGCAAGAGAGGAAGCUUUUACUCCAGAUGUGAUAGCUGUGUCAAAAGAGAUAAAGAAUAUCAAUGUUAAAAGACACAAAUCAACCAAAUAUCCCAAAUUAGAAAAGGUAUUGUAUGAGUGGUUUCUCUUAUAUCAAGAGAAAGUAAACAUGACUGGAGAAAUGAUUCAAACUAAAGCAAAAGAUUGGAUGAGGCGUCUCAUUCCACACGCCCUGUCCGAAUUUAACUUCUCAAUUGGUUGGCUAGAACAGUUCAAGGCAAGACGUGGGAUUAAGUCUUAUAGAAUAUUUGGUGAAAGCGGUUCAGUUGAUUUGGAGAAUAUUGAAGAUACUUUACCUCAAAUAAGAGCUAAAUUGGAAAGUUUUGAUUGGAAGGAUAUCUAUAAUAUGGAUGAAACAAGCUUAUUUUAUCGUUUGCAAGCAGAUCAUUCACUGGCUACAAAGCAAUUAGAAGGACGAAAAAAGGACAAGGAAAGAUUUAUUGUUGUGGUUUGUUACAAUGGGAAUGGUUCAGAUAAAGUGUCUCUUUGGGUUAUUGGUAAGUUUGCUAGAUGCUUUAAACAUGUGAAUAUUGACAAUCUUAACUGUCAUUAUCGAGCCAAAAAAAAAAGCAUGGAUGACUGGAUUGCUUUUUCAAGAUUUUGUUCGCUGUUUGAUGCUAGAAUGACUGGUAGAAAUGUGUUGCUUAUAGUAGACAAUUGCCCAGCCCAUCCCAAGGUUAUUGAAAGCUUGAGAAACGUUGAAUUAUUUUUUUGCCUCCAAAUUCAACAUAAAAAAAUUCAACCAUGUGAUGCUGGAAUUAUUAGAGUAAUUAAGAUAUAUUAUCAGCGUCGCUUCUAUUUUAGCAUCUUGGAAGAUUACGAGAAAGGAGAAAUAAAUCCUGAAAAAAUUAAUGUAUUGGAUGCAAUCCAUUUUAUUAAUGCUACUUGGAAUAUUGAUGUGAAGCCUACAAUUAUUGCAAAUUGUUUCCGACAUUGCAAAAUUCGAUUCGAGGAGGAUAUGCCUCUCGAACAAGAAAUUGGAGAUGUUGAAGGCAUUCAUAAAUUAAAAGAAGUAAUUUCUUAUUUACACUAUAGAAAUGCCAUGGAUGUUGAGCAGACUUUGAAUUAUCCAAGUGAAACUGAAUCUUUGAUAGAGUCAUCUAUGGAUGAAGAAAUUAUUCAAGGAGUAAUGGAUGUGUCAGCUAAUGAUGAGCAAGAUCUAGAUGACAGUAGCAUUUUACCACAUGUUUCUCCAAAAAAGGCUUUUCUAGCUGUGGAUACCUUGAAGAAUUAUUUAAUACAACACGAGAAAAAUAUACCAGAUUUGAUUUAUGCCCUUCUAAAAGUUAAAGAUGAAAUUGUAUUUGAUUCACACGCAAAGAAGAAGCAAUUAACUAUAUAUACAUAUUUUAGCAAAGAAUAA